UUUUGCACUUUAGAGUUUGUACUUUGGACAAAGAUUUAUGAAAACGAAAUAAGAAAUCCUUAAACUACCCAAGGAAACAUACAAAAAAACCAAAUUUUGCUUCCUUUUCUCUGUCAUGUCAAAAGAAAUUUUCAGAUUCUCUCAGAAAAAAAAAACCAUAUUUUUGCAUAGAAUUUUGAGCCCAUUUUGCUUCCCAUUGAUGAAUAGAACAAAGCUACAUUUGCUUUAAACGAUUCCUCUCUUGAUAAACCCAUGAAUUCUUCUUCCUCUUAUCAUUAUUUUCAGCUCCAAAAAACAUUUCCACUAAUCUCCCUUGUUUAGUUCAUUUCUGUUCAUCUCUGCGACUGCCUUUAAGCAGGAUAAGGCAUAAAUAGAUACGCAGAAACAUGGGCACUCCUGCCGAGUCAAAGAGAAGAGUGGCAUUCGUGUUGAUCGAUGGAUUGGGGGAUGUAUCAAUACCGAAGUUUGGGUGUAAGACUCCUCUGCAGGCUGCAAAUGUUCCAAACUUGGAUGCCAUAGCAUCAGCUGGAGUUAAUGGCCUCAUGGAUCCUGUGGAAGUAGGUUUGGGUUGUGGGAGUGACACUGCUCACCUUUCGCUGUUGGGCUAUGACCCCAGAGUAUAUUACCGAGGACGUGGUGCAUUUGAGUCCAUGGGGGCUGGAUUGGCGAUGUCACCCGGAGAUAUUGCAUUCAAGUCAAAUUUUGCAACUUUGGAUGAGAAAACUGGCAUAGUUACGAGUAGGAGAGCUGACAGGCAUUUUGAAGAAGAGGGGCCUAUCCUUUGUGGUGCCCUGGAUAGAAUGAAGCUUCCAUCUUUUCCCGAGUAUGAAGUCAGAGUCAGGUAUGCAACAGAACAUCGUUGCGGAGUUGUUGUUAAAGGGCCAAGACUCAGUGGAAAUAUAUCAGGAACUGACCCAUUGAAGGACAACCGCUUACUUCUGGAAGCCAAAGCUUUAGAUGACACAGAUGAAGCAAGACACACGGCUGCAGUUGUUAACGAGUUAUCCAGGGAGAUUUCGAGGAUACUGGUGUCUCACCCGUUGAAUGCAAAAAGAUUAGCAGAAGGGAAGAACAUUGCUAACAUCGUCCUUCUAAGAGGCUGUGGUAUUCGAAUCGAGGUUCCUCCAUUUCAAAAGAAACAUGACUUGUGGCCUUGCAUGGUGGCACCCACGAAAAUUAUUGCAGGAUUGGGCCUAUCACUUGAUAUCAAUAUCCUAGAAGCUCCUGGUGCAACUGGGGAAUAUCGAACACUUUUAACUUCAAAAGCAACUGCCAUAGCUAAGGCUCUUUCUGCUCCUUUACAGACUUGUCCUAAUGUCUUUGUUCCAGGGGAGGAUGAGCACAAGCCUGGCAGAUCAGAUGGCUAUGAUUUUGGAUUUCUCCAUAUUAAGGCAAUAGAUGAUGCAGGUCAUGAUAAGGCAACUGUUUUCAAAGUAAAAGGAUUAGAAGCUGUAGAUCAAGCUAUAGGGCAGCUGGCUAAGCUCAUGUGGCAGGCUGAGUCAACCGGAAACUUUCAAUAUUUUAUUUGCGUCACCGGUGACCACUCUACACCUGUUGAAUAUGGAGAUCACAGUUUUGAACCAGUUCCAUUUGCAAUAUGCCGGUUGAAAGAUUUUGUGGGUGCCAUUGGUGGGGAGUCUGUUAUUUUGGAAACUUCUCUUGAUACUUUUCCUCUUCCAACCGUUAAGGUGGGUGAAGACCUAAAUGAAGACAUUGCUUUAGGAAAAGGGAGAAAUUGCAAGCAAGUUGAAUCAUUAUCUGGUGAUUCAGUUUUCGAGUUUAACGAGAUUGCUGCAGCGAGGGGUGCUCUUGGACGGUUUCCGGGUGGAGAGAUGAUGGGAAUUAUAAAGAGAUUUCUUAAAUUAAGUGCUUGACUUUCAUUAGCUCUCAGUAUCUGAAUCAGGAAAACCAUUGGUGGUCCUCGAGAAUCAAAGGGAAAACUCCAAAGAAUAUUGAAGAAUAUGCAAGCUGAAUAAGUGGUGAUUCAUAAGAAUUUCCCAUUUGUUUUAAAUAUUUCGUUUCUUUAGAUAGUAAAGUUUGUCAUGUAAACAAUCAUGAUAAAGUAAAAAAAAAAAAAAGAAGAGCAGGUACUAAAGCAAGCACUAUUCUUGCUACUAGUAAGUUGCAUAUGUGUAAAUACAUCAGCAAAAGCAAGUGCACAAAGCAAAGUUUAAAGCAAAAUGUUGUUUUGCCUUAUCUUUCAACACUUCAAAUCUAAUUUAUAUAUUAUCGUAAACUAGUCUCUGAGUUAUACUUC